AUGGGUAUCACCGACUUUUUCUCCGACGUCUGGGAGACCUUCGCCCUCCCCUCGGCCGAUGCCGAAGCUCCUCCCCAGGGUGGCACAUCCACCCAGACACCCGCGUCCGGCACCGACGAGGAGUCUAACGAGGAGGCCGAGGUGAACAAGCAGGAUGCCAAGGAGCCCGAGGAGUCUGGCGAGCAGGGACACAGGCCCAGCGACGGCGGCGAUGACGAGGAGGAGGCCGAGGAUGAGGAGGAAGAGGAGGAGUACACAGACCCCAAGGAGGUUCUCGAGGAACAAUGCCGCAACUCCAAGGAGUGCCACGCCCCCAAGCACCACUAUGACGAGUGCGUCGAGCGUGUGACUGGCCAGAUUGACAACGACGGCAAGGCCAGCGAGGACUGCGUAGAGGAGUUCUUCCACCUUGCUCACUGCGCAACCCAGUGCGCCGCCCCCAAGCUCUUCGCUCAGCUCAAGUAA